AUGCGUGGGUUGGCUGACGAGCUGCGGGACAAGCUGAACGAAUACCGAACUGAGAACGCGCUGCUGGGGCGCCUGGCGGGCGACCUGAAGGCGGAGCGUGACACUCUAGAGGCGAAGCUGGAGGAAGCCAGGAACGCGGAGGACGGUGCUGCAGCCGAGGCCGCGGGCUGCCGCAUGUCGGCCGAGGCGGCCGGGGCGGAGGCGCGGCGGCUGGCGGCCAAGGUGCAGCGGCUGGCGGCGGCGCUGGACUCGGAGCAGCGGGAGCUGCAGCGGGCAAAGCAGCACCAGCUGCAGCUCGAGGACGCGGCCCUCGACCUGCGCCAACAGGUGGAGGAAGCUGCCCAGCAGCUGCGCGAGUCGGCCGCCAAGCUCGAAGAGGCCCAGGAGCGCGCAGCGCGGGCAGAGGCGCGGCUGGAGGCUGUCGGGCUGGCGGAGGGGGACGGUCAGAUGGCGGCGUGUGCCGAGCAGCUGCUGUCCCGCACCAUGGCCCGCGUCAGGGAGCUGACACAGGCACUGGAGGGCAGCCGAACCAAGUCGGCCGGCGCCCUGGCCAAGCUGCAGGAGCGCCUGGCUGGCUGCGAGGCGCACUGGCGCGACCGCUGCGCGGCGGCCGAGCGCGACGCGGCGGCGGCGCGGCGGGACGGCGAGCGGCGCGCGCAGGAGGCGGAGCGGCGGCUGCUGGCGCGGGUGGAGGCGGCGGUGGUAUUGGAAGCGCGGUGCAAGCAGCUGGAGAACGAGCUGCAGGACGUGCGGCAGCGGCAGCAGGAGCGGGAUGAGCAGGAGGAGCAGCAGCAGCGGGAGCGGCUUGAAAAGCAACAACAGCAAGAGCAGCAGCAGAUACAGCGGCAACAGCAAAAACAGCAGAAGCAGCGGCAGCAGCAGCAACAGAAGCAUGGAGAGAGCGAGCAGGAGUGUCACAAGGAGAUUGAGCAGCAGGCGCCAAGCCAGGAUCUGGGGGACGCACUGGCGGCGCGCAAACAGCGAGUGAACGCAAAGCGGCCGGUGGCCCAGCCGCAGCCGCCGGCGCCUGCCAACGACGAUCAGCUGAUGCCGCCGGCAGCGCAGCAGCCUCCGGCGCUACUACGACCUCAGGCUCAGUCGCAGCCUCAACAGGGGCAGCAGCAGCAGCAGCAGCAGCAGCAGCAGCAGCAGCAGCAGCAGCAGCAGCAGCAGCCCGCUGGUGACGUCAUCCUCCUGAGGCGGCAGCUGGGCGAGCGCGCCCGCCAGCUGGCGGCCCUGCGCCAGGAGCUCUCCGAGCUGCGGCAGCACCAGCAGGCGGACCGGCGGCUCGCGACCGACGCGGCCGUGCGUGCGGAGCGGCUGCGGGGUGACGUGGUCAAGGGGGUGGCCGAGCUGCAGCGCCACCUGGAUCUGGUGGCCGGCCACGCGGCGGAGAGGGCGCGGCUGGAGGAGCAGCUGAGGCGGCAGGAGGGCGAGAUCGCGGCUGCCCGCUGCGAGGGCGCCGAGCUGCGCCGGCAGCUCGCGGCACAAGCCGCAGCGUCGAUGGCGGACCUGCGGGCUGAGGUGGCGUCCGAGGCGCGCGAUAUCGCGGGGCUGGAGAUCGGGCCCGAAGUCCCCCUGGCCGUGCAGGCUUACAUGAGGGUGCUCGAGCGCAGCGUGGAAGACGGCGAGGCGCGCUGCCAGCAGCUGGCGGCCGACACGCUAUCCGCCGCCGGCGCCGAGCGCGCCGCGCGCGCCGCGCUCGCCGCAGCACGAGAGGGCGCAGCGGCGGCGGAGCGCGCGCUGCAGCAGCAGACGCGGCGGCUGCACGCGCUGGAGGGGAUACGGCUCCAGGACGUGCAGGAGCUGCACGGCCUCGAGAAGCGCUUGGCGCUGAGUCAGCAGGAGGUCUGGGCGCUGCACGGCCGUCUCUCGCAGGAGCGCGCAGCCCGCGCCGGUGCAUCCGCCUCGGUGGUUUGCGGGGAUGUCGCCAGUGCAGAUGCUGGGUGGGUUGACCAGGUGGAUGAUCUGGAACCAGAGGACGCAGCCCUUGUGGCGGCCGAGCUGGCGCAGGAAGUGCAGCAGCAAGCAGUGGAGGCUCGGAGCAGCGCAGCGUGCAGAGCAUGCGGGCCCGGACGGCCGGCGCCCGCACCAGCAGCAGGAAGCGCGGCGGGUGCGGCGGAAGCAGCAGCAGGCGCGUCAGCCAGAGCGGUGGCAAAGCUGAAGGCAGCGGAGGCAGCAGCAGCAGAAACAGGCGACGAGGGCCGGCACGGCGACUGUCCGGAUGGCGGCCACGAGCGCUCUCUGGAGCGCCAGGAGCCGCAGGCCAAGACCAUUGGCGGCACCGGCGGCGCCGGCGAGGGCUUUGGCCCGCUGCUGGCUUCUCUGCUCUCUGACAGCGGCUGUUUCCAGCCGGCGCCUGGGGCCAGCGACGGCGAGGCCGAGGCCGCGGGGGACGAGGAUGGCAGUGAGCAGUUGCACGAGCAGCGGUGGGAGCCCUGGGACGCAGGCCGAUGGCGGAUGUAA